AUAUAAAAUAAUUAAUUAACGAUGAAAUAGUAUUUACCGCUUUACUAACAGGCUCCCACGCGUCUUCGUGUUUAUAAACUCUCUUUUUUCUCCUUUCUUCUUUACCUUUCACGUUCUUCAACGCUACCCCCAUUUUCUUCUCUCUGUGCUUUUUCUUUUUUUCUCUUAGGAAACCUUUUUUAUAUUCUCCGGCGAGCCAAAUCGGAGCAUAAUUUGGGGGUUUUGAGUUAUUGGAUCUAACCGGGUUUAUUGGGUUGAGUUUUGACUGAUCUCCGGCGACUGCAGAUGUCUUCGUACUGGUGUUAUCGGUGUACAAGGUUUGUUAGAAUUUCAGUUGGAAACGAUGUUGUUUGUCCUCACUGUGAUAGUGGAUUUAUAGAAGUUGCUGAGGGAAAUAUUGGGUCGCCGGAAUCUCGCCGGAGGUUUCCCAUGUGGAACGAACGGCCAGAGUCAGAUCGGAGUGUGAACAUGGGUUCUCGACGGAGCAGGCGUAAUCGGGGUGAUAGAUCUCCGUUUAAUCCGGUUAUUGUUCUUCGUAGUCCAUCUGAAGCACCUGGGGAGGAUGAAGCUGCUGCAGCUGCAGAGGAGCGGAGUUAUGAGCUUUAUUAUGAUGAUGGUGAAGGUUCAGGUCUCAGGCCGUUGCCGCCGACGAUGUCGGAGUUUUUGAUGGGAUCUGGGUUUGAUCGGUUACUUGAUCAGUUAGCACAGAUCGAGGUGAACGGUUUUGGUCGCCCGGAAAAUCCACCGGCGUCGAAAUCAGCGAUUGAGUCGAUGCCGAUUAUUCAAAUAGCUUCAAAUCACGUAAAUUCCGAGACCCAUUGCGCUGUUUGUAAAGAAGCUUUCGAUUUAGGAUCUGAAGCUCGAGAAAUGCCCUGUAAACACAUCUACCAUUCCGAUUGUAUCCUCCCAUGGCUAUCUCUUCGAAAUUCGUGCCCCGUUUGCCGACACGAAUUACCAACGGAAUCAACUGAAACUACAAACUCCGACAACAUUUCUAGACCCAGAAACGAAGACGAGGCAAUGGGAUUGACAAUAUGGAGACUUCCGGGAGGUGGGUUCGCCGUAGGAAGAUUUUCCGGUGGAAGAAGAGGAGCUGAGAGAGAGCUUCCAGUAGUGUAUACAGAAAUGGACGGUGGAUUUAACAAUGGGGUACCUAGAAGAAUAGCUUGGAGAUCAAGAAGAAGCAACACAGGUCGAAAUGGCAACGGAAUAAGCCGAAUUUUCAACAACUUCACAUCAUUUUUCCGGCGAUUAACACCAUCUUCUCAACAUCGAUCUCUAUCCAUACAUUCCAGUAGUUCAGAAUCAUCCGGUUCUGGUUCUGGAUCUGCUGUAUUCAGGAGUCGAAGUGUAUCUUCAAGCACUUCAAUAUUCAGUAGGUAUUUGAGAAGAAGCAGAAGAAAUUGGGUACCUGAAGAACGUAAUGGAGUAACAAGAUGGUAAUUACUUAGUCGGAAAACGCCAAUUUUCAAUUAUUAUUUUUAUAGAGCAGUCGACUAGAAGCAGAAGACGAUAACCCCCGAUGCCAAGUGUAAGGCAAUGUGUGAUUGGUAGAGCAGUCGACUAGAAGAAGAAGACAAUAAUGUCGUUCUUUAAAUUAUUACCUGUUGAGUGGGAAGGGAGCACUAAAAAAAGAGAAAGUUCGGUUCUAGAGCAGUCGACUAGAAGUAGAAGAUUGAUGGCUAAGAGAGCGGCCUAUAUGGCAUAGAGAAAAGAUGCCAUUUUGUUGGGAAUAUGUAAAUAGAGAAGGCUUUGAUAUGAAAUUCAAUACAUUUUUAGUGUCAUUUUGUUGAAUUUGUAGCAGUAAUUAUAAGUAAUAGAAAGACCAUUGUUUUUUUUUAUAGCAAUUGAAAGAAAACUUAAGCUGUGAA